AUGAGACGCAGCAGCAGCACGGGAAAACAAAUGGGCUUUGAAGUGAAAGCAGUUGCAGCAGAAGCUGCUGCUGCUGCUGCUGCUGCUGCUGCUGCAGCAGCAGCAGAGUUCACAACUGCACUCCCUGUGCUGCUGUGGAACGGCGCAGAGUUCCUCCUGCCCGUUUCUGCAGAUUCAAAGAACGGGGCUGCACCAGCCACCCCAGCAGCAGCAGCAGACUAUUUGCUGCUGCUGCUGCUGCUGCUGCUGCUGCUACUGCAGCUUCUUUUGUCUCAGCAGAAGUCUCUGUUAUACUUGGCCAUCAUAAAUCGGAUGGCAUCCAUCGUCGCCACUUCCUGCGAAACCGGCACACAGUUCGACGCAGUUGCUGCUGCAUUGCUGUUGCUGCUGCUGCUGCUGCUGCUGCUGCUGCUGCUGCUGCUGCUGCUGCCAGCAGCAGCAGCAGCAGCAGCACUUCUUUCAAUUUCAAACAAAAAUAAAUGCUUUUAUUCCCUUUUUUCUCCUUUUUGCUGCACUUAUAUCUGCGGCAGCAGCGCGAAACUAAGCAGCAAAAAGAACAAGAGAAAGACGAAAACUGAAAGGAAGAUUGAGCUGCAGAAGAGGACCAAACGCCGCAGCAGCAGCAAAACGCGCAGCAGCAGCGGCAGCAGCAGCAGCAGCGGCGCCAGCCAGUCUUUGCUUCUUUACCCGGUGCGCCCCUUUCGUCUCUCCGCAGGGCCAGGCUCCCCAAGGGCUCCCAUAGGGGCCCCUUGGGGGACCUCAGGAGCCUCCAGGGCCUCCACUACCCCCUGGGGCCCCCACGGGGGCCCUUUGGGGGCACCCGAAAGCCCCAUGAGCCCCCUUGGGGGCCCUUUGGGGGCCCCCAAGAGCCCCCAAGGCCCCUAUGGGGGCCCUUUGGGGGCCCCCAGGGCCCAUACGGGGGCCCCUGGGGGCCCCCAGGGGGCCCCCAAAAGCCCUGAAAAGAUAUUGGUUUGCUGCUUACUCUGUGACGGGGUCGAUGAGCAUUGCGUUGGAAACAUGCAAAAGGCCAGCGACCUUCACUUGAUUGCCUUCUGCGUCUUUUAUGAAUCUCUGAAGUUCAUAAAAAGAAGAAAUAAAUUAAAAAUAAAUUAA